UCUAUUGCUCAUGGUGUAUGUGUUGUUAUUGAUGGCAUUGACGGCCAUGAGCGUUGUGCUGUCAGUAUUCAUCUUAAAGCUCCACCACAGGCCAUCGGACAAGCCUCUCGGAAGACGAGCCACAAAAAUUAUAAUUUUUCUCCAGAAACUGAUGUGUAGUCAAGAUCAACGACUUCCUGUAAUAACUGAAAUCAAAAGGUCUUCUCAAGAUGACGAAGCUGUUUCAACCAUCGACAUACACAGGAAACACAAGAACAAGACCACAGCUGUCGUCCCUUACGACAACAACCAAGAAGCAGACGACAGUCGCUGUGGGUCUGCCCUCAGCAGUCAAAGGUCAGCGCAGGUCAGUGACGUCAGUGGUCAGCAGUCGGCGGAAACACUGAGCACCUUGUUGUUCUACUUUUCUCUUCUCUUCCUCGUCAUCAAAACCAUUGUCUUUAUUAUCAUUCUGGUUGUUGGUGGGGCCAGGCAGGAGGAGAACACACGGUUUACCUGACAA